UAUUUCAACGCAUGCUUAAGAACCCAUCAAGCAGCAACAUGGCGCUUCUCAAUCGGAAAGCGUUUGAACGCAAGCUGCAGAAUAUGUCGUCCGCGCAGGACAGUGUGCAAACAGUUUCGCUGUGGAUGAUUCAUCACAAAAAGAAUGCCAACGAUAUGGCGAGUGUGUGGUUGGACCAGCUCAGGAAAGCUUCAAAAGCUGACCGCCGUUUGGUUUUGUUUUACUUGGCGAAUGACGUUCUUCAAAACAGCCGCAAGAAGGGGAAAGAGUUCAGUAAUGCAUUUACGAAGAUUUUGCGAGAGGCUAUGGUUCUUCUGAGCGAGAGUUCUAUUAAAGGAAGCGUGGAAAGAGUUAUAAAAAUUUGGGAAGAGAGAAAACUGUUCGAGAAGGAUUACCUCGAGAUUUUACGCAGCAAGCUAGCCUCAGGUGAUGUUACCAUUGUAAGCGAGAAAGUGAAAGAGAAAGCUAUUGAAAAAGAGAAGGAAAAGGUAGUGAAAUCACCAAAGCAAAAGAGGUUACCCCCUGCAGAUUUUAAGCCUUCUAAACUGGUAGAUGCACUGAAAGCUUUAAGGGAUUUUGAAGGAGAAGUUACUCUUAAAGAAUCUCAACUGAAUUCAUUGAGGAUUGAUGCGUCAGAUCUGGAAAGUGUUCGCCAAUUAAAAGAUCGCACAGGUGGUGGUAAAUUUUGUGAAGAAUAUGAGUUGGCUACCUCUAAGUUGCAAGAGUUCUCAGAAAUGCUGAGGCGUGAGCAAGAAGAGAGGAAAAAUAUGAUCAAAGUACUUGAAGAUGGAGAAGCUUUCUUUGAUGUUGCCUAUGGAGAAGUUAAAGUCAUUGUUCAUGCUUACAAGACCUUUGGAAAUCGCCUCACAUCACUAAAGAAAAAAGUUGAUGGCAAAGUGAACAGGCUCGCUCAGAAGGAAGCAGAGAAGGCAAAAACAGGACCCGUAACAGCACCACAAUCAUCAUUUCUCACAUCAGGCCUUCCCGAAGUUUCAGAAGGAUCAGCACCAUCAACUCCAACAGAAGGAACGAAGCCUAGCAACAAAUCUCUGGAGGAUGAGAAACCCAUCGAUCCAACUGUUGACAACAUUGAAGUUGCUGACAUGGAAAUUGAAGAUGAUUCAGACAGUGAAAAGUCAGAGACAAGUGAGGAGGCGAGUGUGGAAGAUGCCAAGGGUAGCAAUGUUCAAACACCUAACUCCACUGAAAGUUCUGAUUCUCAGCCAGCAAAAUCAACAGCCCAGGAAAGUACUCCAGCAAUUUCUCCAGUUGUCAGUGUAGCACCCACUCAACUGCUCACUCCAAACCAGGGUACUGCAAUGCCACUACAAGGAAGCAUUUUGCCUCAUCAGCCACAACUAGGUCCUCCUGUUCCAACUCCAGUCGGAGUGGUCAUUCGUCCUUUUAUGGGGGUACAAGGGGCUCCUUUUCCAGCUCCUGGACCUCAGUUCAGACCUGGAGUUCCUCCAAUACGGCCUCCUUCUGGCAUGACUCAGAAUCAGUUGAUGCAGCCGUCAGGACCCUUACCUGGCACAGGACAUGGGAUAAGGCAAGAGCAGCCAUUUCCACAAAUGGCAGGUCAAGCAGUGUUACUUCCUAGGCCGAAUGCACAACUUCCAGCUAAUAUGGGAACUUUGCAAGCACUUGGUAGCAGCUUUGUACACAGUCAAGCACCCCUGGCGGUUGCAGCAACAACAGUUGCAGCACCUCUUCAGGUCAUGACAAGUCCAGCCCCAGGAACUCAGAUACACCAAACCAUUGGAGAUCUUUCACAAGCAGGUGGAAUUAUUGGGUCGCCUGAUUCAGAGGCGUCUGCUCCGUCACCAGUUGGAUCACCUGAGUUACAUCUAGUUGAAGGUGAUGAGACACCAGAAACAACACCAGCUCCACUUGGAGAUGUGGACGUAAAAGACAACACUGGUUUUCAGACAAACAAAUCAUUCUUUGAAAGUGCUCUAAGUAACUCAGGAUCAGGCCUUUCUGGAGCACAGCCUGCAGCCAAAGCAUUUGUUCCAGCAAUUGUAUCAGAGUCAUCAUCUUCCAGCAGCACCCCUUCUGCUGCUGACCAGCUCGGAGGGCAGGAUGCUGCCUUGGUGAAAAAAGAUAAUGGACAAAAAGUCAGGGCUGUUGACCUAUUGGCUCAGUUGCUUAGUAGAGGAAGAAAAAUGCAGCAACAGUUUGAUGUGGAAGUCAGAUGUACAACUGUUGCUCCUACAGUUGUUUCUACUCCUGAGGCUCCUUUGGUUGCUCCGCAGCAAAAUUCUGAUACGCCUCAAAGUAAACCCCUUCUCUCUCUGAUUGACUCAUUAUUUCCAAAGCUGAGUGACUCUAUAAAAACGUUGAAACAGAAAGAACAAGUGGGUAGUUCACCUCAGCCAUCAUUUGAUCCUCCCGUUGAUAACGCUCCAAAGAGUGUUCAUUCUUGGCCAGCACCCAAUGAAGGCCAAUCUCAACCUCUUUCUAAUGUUGGACCGGAGCUGGCACAUCUCCAACAGUCAGAACCAAGAAGCACAUCGAAGAGAGGACUCCAAAGUAAUGAGGAUUUUGGACGAGAAUCAUCUAUGAACUUCUCUGAAGAAAGACAAAUGGGAGGACCGAUGGAAAUGCAGCCUGAGCCUGGAAAUAAAACAGGACUUGGUCGGAGAUAUGAUCACGUUGAUUCUCAGCCACUUGAGACACGUGAAGCGACACGACCAGGAAAUCUUUCCCGACCCGGCCCACAUUUUCCAGGUCCUUCAGUGAGAGGGAGUUCCCCGCGCUUCCCACAGGAGCGACCUUUUGAUCGUCCAGGCAACUUGUCACCUCGUGGAAUACCGCCAUUUGGACCGAGAGCACCAUUCCCACAAGCUCAUGGUCCCCAAUUUGAACAGGGAAGGGAUAGUACCGGUCCACCAAUUCAAAGGCGUGAUGGUCAACCAGAGAUGUCUGUGCAUGUACCUCUUGAUCAAGUACCUCAAGGUCAUUCUCUGAGAGGUCCUUUAAGGGAUGGUCAAACUCACAAACCUUUCGAGACCACGUCUAUUCCUCCGGAGCAUCGUCACGAACAUCAUCCACCUGGGAUGCCUAUAGAAGACGGAUUUUCUAAUGGCCCACGUAUGGCGAAGAGGCUAUCGACUGAGGGAGUUCCUGUUCAUCGACCUGAUUCCCGACGGUCACCACAUGAGCAGAUACCCAGAGGUGAUGCACCUCCUCCUCCACACCGUGUGACGCACCCGGGAACGAUGGAUGACGUUGAGCGGAGAAGAGAGUUCGAACGUUGGGAAGAACAUCGCAGGGAACCGUUCAGAGAUCAUGUUAGAGGACCAUGGGACUUCUCAUAUGACCACCCUGGUCAUCCCCCUCCGGGAUGGAGAGGCCCUCCUGUGUCACCCCGUGGUGACCCUAAUCGAGUGGACUUUCGUGAAGACGACCCUUCCCUGUGGACUUCAUUUGAAGGUCCAGGGAGGUCGCCUAGGUCUCGCGAAGGAUUCAGAGAAGGCCCACAUGACUUAAACAGAUUUCACGGUUAUGGACCUCCUGACAGAAGGCGUCAUUCUUUAGGAGAAUUUGAAAGUGUGCGAAUGCGUCCUCCCUUAAAAAGACCGGGGCCACCUCCGGUCCCAUUUCCAGGACCUUCAAAACGCCCUUUUUAUUAACCUCGUUUAGCAGUACGUUGUCUCUAACGGUUAUUGUUUCUUCUUUAUAAAUCUAGUGUUUGUGGAAAGCGUCAAUGGAAAGCGAGACAAAUUGAAUGCUUUCCAUUAAAGUCGACAUACAUGAGCCGGUUUUAAAAGGCCAGAAUAGUAAACUACUUGUUGGAAAGAAGAUGAUUAAUCUCACAACCUUCCUUCUUAUUCAGUUGCGUCUGAAUUUGCCCUCUCGAAUCGAUGACGUUCACUUGUAACUUUUUCUUUUAUGAUAGCGAAUAUUUUUUCUUUACCUUCUGUAUGCUUGUUACGCGAAUCAAGUUGUUACAGCUCAGUUGCUGAAAAUGAACAAAUGAAGUCCAAUUUCCCUAGUUGAGUGGUUGUCUCGUUUAGUAGUCGCGAUUUACCCUCUAAAUGUUCAUGAAUAAUAACUACCAUUCAUAGA